GCCACCGCCAUCGCCGCCAUUCUCGCGGGGCUUCUCGGGCGGCUGGGGCUGCCCGCCGCGCUGCCUGCGCCGGACCGGGGCGGGUCAAGUCCCGGGCGCGCCGCCGCGGUAGAGAUCCUGGGGGCAAAGGGCAGCUACAAGACCACCUGAGUCCCAGUGGGGAUUUGAGUUCUUGGUGACACCAAGUCAGCGAGGAGACAAAUUGGAAAUGUCAGUCUGAGGAGAGUGAGACAGGGUCUUGCUGUGCUGCCCAGACUGGUCUUGAACUCCUAGCCUCAAGUGAUCUACCUACCUUGGCCUUCCAAAGUGCUGGGAUUACAGUGCAGAGGGCGUGAUCAGCAAGGCUCCAGUAAGAAGGUCCCACGGAAGGAGCAGGAACACAGAACAGAGCGGGCAAGACAGCUCCACCAGGAGUCAGGAGUGAUUCCCCUCUAGGAACGAGGCGCCAGGAAGAAGAACUUCCAGCCCAGGAGCUUUUCAGGACCCGCCCUCUGUUUCCUCACUUGUCUGCUCUUUCGUCCUGUGAAACUGGGCAGCGGCCGGUGACAGCGCAGGGUCAGCCCUUGGAUGGCCAGAAAUAACAUCUGCUUUGCUGCUGAGCUCAGAGAAAGAGACCGCAGACCCCUCCCGCAGUCAGAGGGCUGGAAACUGCUCAGAGGUGCUUUGAAGAUGCUGGAGGCCCCACCUCUGCUGCUGGCCGCUGUGUUCCUAGGCCUGGUGCUGGUGGUGCUGCUGUUGCUCCUGAGGCGCUGGGGCUGGGGCCUGUGCCUUAUCUGCUGGAACGAGUUCGUCCUGCAGCCCAUCCGCAACCUGCUCAUGGGUGACACCAAGGAGCAGCGCAUCCUGCACCACGUGCUGCAGCAUGCGGAGCCUGGGAACGCACAGAGCGUGCUGGAGGCCAUCGACACCUACUGCCAGCAGAAAGAGUGGGCCAUGAACGUGGGUGACAAGAAAGGCAAGAUCGUGGACGCUGUGAUUCAGGAGCACCAGCCCUCCAUGCUGCUGGAGCUGGGGGCCUACUGUGGCUACUCAGCUGUGCGCAUGGCCCGCCUGCUGUCACCGGGUGCGAGGCUGCUCACCAUCGAGAUCAACCCCGACUGGGCCGCCAUCACCCAGCGGAUGGUGGAUUUCGCUGGCGUGCAGGACAAGGUCACCGUUGUGGUUGGGGCAUCCCAGGAUGUCAUCCCCCAGCUGAAGAAGAAGUAUGAUGUGGACACGCUGGACAUGGUCUUCCUCGACCACUGGAAGGACCGGUACCUGCCGGACACGCUUCUCCUGGAGGAAUGUGGCCUGCUGCGGAAAGGGACAGUGCUACUGGCUGACAACGUGAUCUGCCCAGGUGCACCAGACUUCCUGGCACACGUGCGCAGGAGCAGCCGCUUUGAGUGCACACACUACCAGUCAUUCCUGGAAUACAGGAAGGUGAUGGACGGCCUGGAGAAAGCCAUCUAUAAGGGCCCAGGCAGUGAAGCACGGCCCUGACUGCCCCCCCCCCCGGCCCCCCACUCAGGCUCCCUCACCCAGCCUGGUUCUGAGGGUGCCACAGAUGUGCUCCAGCUGACCUUCUGCGGCUCUGGGUUGUAUCCUAAAUGCAAAGCACACCUCGGCUGAGGCCUGUGCCCUGCCAUGCUGACCUCUCUGAACUGCAGCACUGGAUUGCUCUCCUUUUCUAAGACUCAGUCGUGACCUCUUUACUAACACCCGCUAGCUAUAUUAUCUUACAUACUAAUAUCAUGUUUUUAAAAUGUAAAAUAGAAAUUAAGACUGUAAACAUCUAGAUAUAAA